AUGGGUACCUGUGAAGGAUUCCACCUCAGCGGCACCGUCACGGAGCCGGGCAACCAGCUCUACAACGAGCCCGAGCAGGUCCACCGCGUCUCCAUCAGCUUCGACCGCUGCAAGAUCACGGCCGUCACCUGCACCUGCGGCAACCGGGACAUCUUCUGGUGCCAGCACGUGGUGGCGCUCUCCCUCUACCGCAUCCGCCAGGCCGGGAGCGUGCAAUUGCGGCUGCCCAUCUCGGAGACGUUGCUCCAGAUGGACCGGGAGCAGCUGCAGAAGUUUGCCCAGUAUCUGAUCACCGCCCACCACACCAAUGUCUUGCCAACCGCUCAGCAGCUCGCUGAUGAGAUCCUUCAGUCCAAAUCUAGAAUCAACCAAUUACCGGGUGCGCCAGACCCUACAGCGGGUGCCAGCAUCGACGACGACAGCUGCUGGCAUCUAGACACGGAGCAAGUCCAGGAACAAGUCAAGCUGUACCUCCAGCAAGGGGGUUACUACGACUCAGAGAAGCAACUCAACUCACUAUUUGCCAAGGUAAGGGAGAUGUUACGAGUACGGGACUCCAAUGGUGCUAGAAUGUUAACGUUAAUCACAGAGCAGUUUAUGGUCGACCCACGGUUACAACUCUGGAAGCAGCAGGGAACGCCGAUGACGGACAAACACCGACAACUCUGGGAUCAACUCGGUUUGCUCUGGAUGGUUGUGGUUAUGAAUCCCGGCUACUGCCAGAGGGAGAAGAUGACAUGGAAGGAACAGCUGCUCCAUUGGGGGUCCAACGACCUUUGCCCCCUGGAAGAUGCGGACGCGAGGAACAACUUGACGAACCCGUCGCUUGUGGGUGUUUUAAAUCGUCCCCCAGCCGUCGCCGAUGCAGACAGACCUCGUACCAUCUUCACCCGAGCCAUUGAAGCCUGCGACCUCCAGUGGAUCGACAGUCAUCUGCAGGGAAUCCUCAACAAUAAACUCUACCACAGUAUACACCACGCCGACACGGAGUUUGGCGGCUUUGACAGGGAGGGUCAUCCUCUCUGGUCUGAGCAUCCACCCACAGCGUGUGCCAGAGUAGACGCCUUACGAUCGCACGGCUACCCCAAAGAUGCCUUGAGGUUAGCCGUAAGCAUCGUCAGGAACUUGAAGAAGCAGCAAAGAGACAGCCUUAAACAACUCAGACCAUCGGGGAGAAAGGGCAAGCAUCGGAAGGCAUCCCAGAGUGCCGCAGCCUCCAACGAGUCAUCGCACAACGCCCGGAGCAGUCCUGCGGAGGCCUGGGUCGGACAUCCCCUGGAUCCGAUUGGCUGCUUGAUGGAUACGCUCCUGGACGCGUCCUUGACCGUGGACAGCAGUACCUCCAGCGCAGAAUCAAGCAAUGCCGACAUCCCAGGCAGCAGCUCCUCGCUGCGCCAGUACCGCCACGUGGCCAUCCCCGUUUCCCGCAACCAGCAAGAGACCUACCUGACGUUAGCCUACGAGGUGGUCCUGAUCGGCCUCGGCCAGCAACGGGUCAUGCCCAUGGGGCUGUACGCCCAGGACAAGGCCUGCCACGCCGAGGAGGAACUGAUUGCGAGACACCGAGAGAUUGCCAUGGAUCCCAUGCUGGUGGCUGUGCUGCAGAGGCAGGCCACGACGCUCAUGGAAGGAGGCCUGUCCAGCGGUCUUGGCUACCACGUCCCGCCUGAGAGUGUUCCCAUGCACACCUUCGGCCGCUACUUGUUCCAGACCCUGCUGCCUUAUGAUGAGGAUCUGGCGUACAAAGUAGGGCUAAGAGCUAUGAGACUGCCGAUUUUAGAGGAGGUAUCAAGCAACCCGAGCAGUGCUGCAAACAGUGUGUUGAUGGGCCGCUACCCGCGGUGGUUUGUGCUGGGCCACAUUGAGUCGCAACAGUGUGAGCUCGCCAGCUGCAUGAUGACUGCUGCAAAAGAUGAUGUAUGUCGCUUACGGACAGUCUUGGAGGCCGCCCAGCAUCACAUCCACAGUGCCUCCCAGCUCUUCAAGCUCGCCCAGGAAGCCUUCAAAGUGGCCACGCCCGUGGACGGCCCCACCCACUACACCCUCCUCAAGGCGACCUUUGACCUGGGCCUGCACAUCAUGCGCAUGACGCUCUCCAACAUGAACUGGCGGCGCCGGGAGAUGGUGCGCUGGAUGGUGACCUGCGCGACGGAGAUCGGCGUCAGCGCGCUGGUCACCAUCAUGCAGUCGUGGUAUUCGCUCUUCUCCCCCACGGAAGCCACCACGAUGGUGGCCACGACGGUCAUGUCGCCCAACACCGCGGUGCGGUUGAACCUGAAUCUGACCCAGCAGGAGGAACUGGCCCACUACGCUCGCAGCGUGGCCUUACAGUGUGCUUCAAAGGACCCACCGUCGUGCGCGCUCUGCGCGCUGACGCUCUGCGAGAAGGACCACAUUGCCUUCAAGGCGGCCUAUCAGAUCGUGGUCGACGCGGCCUCCGGGCCCAUGAACUCAUCCCAGCUCUUCACAAUCGCGCGGUACAUGGAGCACCGCGGCUACGCCAGCCACGCCUACAACCUGGCCGUGCUGGCCAUGCGGAACUUAACGUUGGGCUACAACCAGGACACGCACCCUGCCAUUAACGACGUGUACUGGGCCUGUGCGCUGAGUCACUCACUGGGCCGAGACCAACUCAGCAAUAUGAUCCCCCUGGUGGUAAAGAGCGUGCAAUGUGCGUCCGUCCUAGCAGAUGUCUUACACAGGUGUACCUUAACAGCACCCGGCAUGGGCUGCCUUCCCGACGGCAAGCGGCGAUGCAUCAAGCUCUUGCCGUACGACAAGGACCCGAUGCGGCAACUCCUGGACGCGGCCAUCGCGGCCUACGUCAACACCGCCCACUCCAGACUCACGCACAUCAGCCCCCGCCACUACGGCGACUUCAUCGAGUUCCUCAGCAAAGCCCGAGAGACAUUUCUACUGGCCCCCGACGGCCACAUACGCUUUGCGAAACUCAUAGAGGAUCUCAAAGUCAUGUAUCGGGGCAAGAAGAAACUCAUGCACCUGGUGCGGGAGCGGUUCGGAUGACAAGGGGCAGAUGAUAAAGUAUCUGCAAUCUCCGUUAAUAACCCUGACCCUCCUAGAUCCUUCGAAAUUCCUCCAAGAAAGAUUUUGGAGGAUUUUGUAGGAUGGAGGGAGGUACAUGUUGAGCCCAGCCACUAUCACUUUCCAUGAUGCUUUGUAACGCUUGAAAGGUUAAAGAAUAGUGGAGGAUUUGGGAGAAUCUGUCACUAGGAAAAAUAUCCUGGCGAGUUGGGGUUGAUUAUUAAGCCUGUCUCGAUAUAGAUAUUUGUAGUUAUCACUGAUAACUAUUGUUUUUUAAAUUUUGUAAGAUAGGAGAAAAUUUGGGUCACAGUGCAACAUGUUUUUUUUUUCCCAAGGGUAUUUGAAUAUUUGUGUCAACUCACUACCACAACUGUACCCGGUCCAUUCUGGUUCAUACCAGUCUGAUCCAGUUAGUUCUGGUUCAACCACGUCCGGUUUGAACCGGUUUACACUCGCUGACUUGAUGCAUGCGUGGAAACACUGUGCAAUGCUAUUCGUGUAUUUUCUCGUCUUUUUGGGGGGCUAGGAUCUGAAUUUCUUCACAAGGAAUACACAUUUCCAUGUUGUCCACACACCGCAGACAAAAACUACCGUAACAGUAUUAUUUAAAAAAAAAAAAA